AGCCGAGGCUCCUCGCCGCCGCUGCGAGGUGGCGGGAGCCUCGGCUCCUCGCCGCCGCUGAGCAGGAACUAAAGUCCCAGAUUUAAUAAGAAACAAUGGGAGGUCACAGGCUGCUGACCUCGGACCCGGGCCGCCCCCCGCUGGCCGCCGUUAUUAACGCGCCUCUGUGGGGCCGGGGUAAGGUGAAGAGUCCGGACGGAGCCUUUUGUGCUUCGCCGUGACCUUUUUUAACCUCUGCUGAUUAGCGCUGACAAUAAGGACAAGCCCCGCCCCUCAUGACUCCGGACGCCACACAAAGCCUCCCCUGUUAGUCGGGGGAGGGGCCGACAUCGCCGAUCCAUCAAAGCCGUGUUGACUGAGACCACACACUCCCCACACGCUGAGGUUCCGGAGAGUGCCAAACAUGAGGCCAGGGGGCCUCAUGUGGCCCCCUGGUGGGUCCAGGUGGCCAUGUUCACUGGGUCUUCAGAGACGGGGGGGGGGGGGGGGGUCAUGACUGUGGCAGCAGCAGGAAGCGAGGUCGGACCCGCUGCCGUCAAACACCUUUCAAAGGAGCGCCCCCUGUGCACAAGGCUCCUCCCUGCGACUCAUGAAGCUGAGCCCAAAUGUAGCAGAUGUGGUCAUGAGCGGCCAGCGGGGGGCAGCAGAGUGCUUGCACUGCAACAAAGAUGGCGACCAGAGGGAGGCGAACUGACCCGGAACUGACUGGAUCAUCCGCACCCUGUGGGACCCGAGUCUCAUGAGGAAACGCCAGGUGUCCGAGUCACGACCACCUCAUUUAAAGCUUUUUGCGACACAAGGUCACUGUCUGAAGGCAACAUGCUAGCUGUUAGCCUUGCUAGCUGAAUCGAGCUGGCCACUGAUGGCGACCUCCAUGACGAAGAAGAGAGAAAAGGGUUUUGUUCUUUUUUUCCACGUGGUGAAAGCAGCGGCCCCGAAUCUCCAGUUGUGUAGUCCGAUGUGUGUAGGCCGGCGUGACUAGCAUGACGUGUGUCUCAGGACGUGACGAGCCUGACAUGUGUAGCACGACGUGAUUAGUGCGACGUGUGUCGUGUCACGCGUUUAGCGCGACGUGUGUAGCGCGACGUGAUUAGUGCGAUGUGUGUCUCAGGACGUGACUAGCCUGAUGUGUGUAGCACGAUGUGAUUAGUGCGACGUGUGUAGCGCGACGUGUGUGUCUGAAGUGUGUGUCAGGACGCGAGUAGCCUGAUGUGGGUAGCGCGACACAUGUAGCGCGAUGUGUGUAGUGCGAUGUGUGUGUCAGGACGUGAGUAGCCUGAUAUGUGUAGCGCGACAUGUGUAGCGCGAUGUGUGUGUCAGGACGUGAGUAGCCUGAUAUGUGUAGCGCGACGUGAUUACUGCGGCGUGUGUUGCGUGACACGUGUAGCGCGACAUGUGUAGCGCGAUGUGUGUGUCAGGACGUGAGUAGCCUGAUAUGUGUAGCGCGACAUGAUUACUGCGCCGUGUGUAGCUCGACGUGUGUAGCUCGACGUGUGUAGCGCGACGUGUGUAGCGCGAUGUGUGUCAGGACGUGAGUAGCCUGAUAUGCGUCGCGCGACGUGAUUACUGCGACGUGUGUAGCGCGACGUGUGUAGCAUCAUCAUCUGAUUCGCGUGUUUUUAUUUGCCCGCCACCAUGUCUUGCCGCUCAGAUCAUGAACGGGUGGAGAGUGGGGCAGGGCCCCCCCACCCCCCUCACAUUAGCAUGAGAAAGACCACCACGUCGCCCUUUACGCUUCUUAACUUCAACUUUCCACUUUGCUUCACAAAUCUGCAGAUUGGUGAGUGAGAACUCGGGUUUUGUUCCCCUGCUGGCCAGGAAAUAUGGUCAGCUGUCAUACCCGGGUCUGCGCCCCCCCCCCCUCUAAUUUAGCAGCUCCGGAGGCUUUUCCAGUGAAAUGGACUGUUCAUUAUUGAGAGCGGUUUUUACGGAGCAGGCUGUGAGGUGCACUUUAAUGAGUCCCGGCACAAAGCUCCCUUUCAGCACCGCCCGAAGAAUGGGGCCUAUUUAGACGCCGCGGGGCUUUAUGUCAAAGGCAGCCCAUAAUAGUUGUCAGGCCGGGGCAGAAAUUCCCACUGGCCUGGGAAUGCUCCCCAGAUCUGCUGGUGCCGUGAGCAGAUGAAGAUGCCACCACACGGUGGCCAGGGUCGGGCCGCGGCGUCCCCCUCCCCAGGACCCUGGGCAGGCCAGCGCAGACGGCCACUGCUGCGGCAACAGCUGGCAACGUCCGGAAACCUUCCGCUGGCUUUCCUCCUGGAGGUCGUGACCUUCACGUUGGUCAGGAGUGAGUGAGUGAGCGAGCGGUUCUCCGCCAGGCAGGCGCUUGUGCGAGGCGUUGGGAGGAGGCUCAGCCUCAGAGGCUUUGUCCUCCGGCCCAGGGAAGGGUUAACCUGCCCCUCCUCCGCCGUGACGUCAGCCACCCGCCGGCCCCCUGAAAGAUCCCCCUCCUCGGCCACAGCCUCACUUGUGCUGCGGGAAGUUUGCCGCAGCUGGUGCCGGGAGCGGCGAGCGCCGUGGUUGAGGUGGGCGCCGGGGGUGUGGCCUGCGGCGGUGCCGAGAGUGAUGGCUCUUCAGACCGCGAUCAUGAACCCCCAGUUCAUGAGCUUCUGCUUCCCCGCCGCCGUGAUGGAGCUGGAGGUGGAGAAAGGUCUGGAGAGGAGCCUGCUGGCCGAGGCCGACCAGGACUUCAGGGAGAGCACCCGGGACCUGCUGAGCUUCAUGGACUCGGCCUCCAGCAACAUCAAGCUGGCCCUGGACAAGCCGGCCAAGUCCAAGAGGAAGGUCAACCACCGCAAGUACCUGCAGAAGCAGAUCAAGCGCUGCUCGGGCAUGGUGGCCCCCUGCGAGGCCCCGGCCAAGAGGCCCGCCCCCGCGCCGCCCAGGCCGCUCCUGAAGCGAGACGGCGUCCAGGCCAGCCUGCAGACCAGGAGCCUGGCCGCCCUCUUCAGCCCGGGGAGCGAGGCCAGGGGGGCCAAGAAGCCCCCGCUCCGGCACCGCAACCUGCCGCCGUCCUUCUUCACCGAGCCGGCGCUGGGCUCCGGGGUCAGCUCCACCUCGGGAAUGACUCUCAAGGACUUGGAGCGCGGGAACCCGGAGGCGGCCGACUUCUUGGAGCUGCUGGGACCCGACUACAGCAGCGUGCUGUCGGAGCAGGACCCGUACCAGCGAGUCCCGGCCGACCUGGGGGGUCUGGAGCACCCGGCCUACGAGGAGCCCUGGACUAGCUGCUCCCGGAGACUGAGCCAGGCUUCGCGCUGCGCUCCCGGCCAGGUCUUCAGCUCUGGAGUCGCCGAGGACAACCCCCUGUGCACGCUGAGCUUCGCCACCCUGUUUGCGGACUGCUCGCUCCCGCAGGCGACCUACGACCCCAGCGGCGGCGGCGGCAGCGGCUACUCGUCUCUGUGA